AUGGGGAAAGGAAAUGGCAUGCGCGUGCGCUUCGCCAGCCCGCCGCGCACGGCGAAGACGCAAGAAAAGCAACCGCUGCCGCCGGCGCACGACGAGGCCCUCGGCGCCAUCCGAGACGCCGCGGCCGCGGCCGCGCGCGCCGCCCCCGGCGCGCCCGACGCGGUGGCGCUGCAGGGCCUCCUCCGGCGCCUCGGCCGCGUCGCGGUGCAGGUGCUCGAAGCGGAACCCGAGGAGAAAACGCCGCCGCGCCGCGCCGCCGUCGCGACGGAGACGGUGGCGCUCGACGCCGCGGACCUCGCGGCGGUCCGGCGGGCGAACGCGCGGGCGGCCGCGGCGGCCACGACCCUGGGCUGCCGCGAGGUGAGCUACCCGGCGGACCUCGUCGCGUUCCUGCGCGACCGCAGCGCGUACGAGUGCCGGAGCGCGGCCGCUGCGGCCGCCGGCAAGGACCGGCGCAACGCCCAGCGGGCGGUCGUGCGGGCCCUGACGCGCCACGCGCGGCGGCCGCCGAGCCCGGAGCGCCCGCGGCGAACGCGCCCCGCCAAGAGCGUCGCUCGGGACCCGCCCGUCGCGCCGCGCGCGCCCGAAGCGGCGGCGGACGCCGCAAAGCCUAUACCGUCCGCUUCUGACGCCGCGGCAUCGGCGUCGACGCCUGCCGCAGACGAGCCUGUAUUGCCCCUGAACGCCAUGGAACGCGACGUCCUGGCGGUCCUUGACGACACCGGCGAGAUCUUUAUGUCACACCUUCCUCCCAGCUACCGACGGGUACACGGAAAGGACCUCGACUACCGGGCCCUGGGCUUCGAGCGGCUUAAGCUGCUCGUCGAACGCCUCCCCGGCGUCUCCCUGCAACCCGGCCAGCACGGUGGGAUCGUACGGCGCGCGCGCUGCGAGGAGGAACUGCGGUCACCGGAUGCGGAUGGCGACGCGCAAGCCGCGCCCGCCGCGGCCGCGCCGGCGCCCGCGGUCUCAUCGAACGCCGACGAGAAGUCAACCGCGCCGGCGUCGGUCGCCUCGCCGCCGCCACCGGCGCGGCCGCACCGCUCCGUGCCGACGCCGGUGCUCAUGGGCGAGAUCGAGGCGGACCUCGGCGCCACGCUACGGCCCGAGCGUCCGACGCCGAAACGGAUUCUGCGGCGGGACGACGCGUCGGCCGACGGGUCCGCGGACGCCCCCGUUGUUGAGGUCGGCGGCUUUUACGCCGGCACCUGCUCGGACAAAGCCACGUUCGGCGCUUUUGUGGAGCUCGACAGCGGCGGCCGAGGCCUGUUGCACCGGUCCAAUUGCCGACUGGACGCGGCGGGCGCGCCGAUCCUCCCGGCCAAGCGCGAUCGGCUCUUCGUCCGCGUAUUGCGGAUCAAGGACGACGGGAAGAUCGACUUUUCGACGCUGGGCCACGACCCGAAGACCGGCGCACCGGCUCAGGACACGGGCGCCACGACGACGACCGCCCCGCGGGAAGCGGUGGCGGCGGCGGCGCGGAACGCGAAGACCGCGGCGACGGCGUCCGAGGACGAGCCGCAACGGCCGGCGCCGGCACGGCGACCGACGAGCGAGGCGCGUCGCAAGCCUGACUCAGCGCCGCGGGGGGCGCCGGCCGUGACGCCGGACGCGUCGCCGGACGCCGCGCGGAAGCCGCGACCUUCGCCGCCGACGAUCGACUCGGACUACGAGCGGCGACCGGCCGCCGCGCGGGCUCCCCCGACGCCGGCGCCCGCGGCGGUGCCGGACUUCGUGCAGAUCAAGAAGCUCCACGAGCUCCUCACGUGCGGCGCGCUGACCGCCGAAGAGUUCGCCGCCCUGAAACGGAAGGUCAUCGCGGCCUAG